ACAACACGCCCAGCUGUCUUAAGGAUAUAAAUGAUGUGGAUGCUGGGGAUGCUGAUCAAUGAUCUCUUGACAUCACUCCAACAACUUCAGCUAUGAGUGAUCCGCGCUUUCUCCUCGAUGUCCGAGUCAUCGGAGUAAUGCAGAAAGAAAAGAGUAAAAUGUACAUGACAUCCGUGUUAUGGUCUGAUAAGAGUGAGGUGACGGUGUACAGAUCACUCCGCGACUUCAAGACUCUUCACAAACAGCUGAAAAAGAAAUUCCCUGUGGAAAACAGGCUUCGUAAAGAGGAAAGAGUGCCCAGAUUUGGAGCCCGAAAGAAAACCUUUCUAAUAAAAGGUCUGACCAAGUCUAUAAAUCGACUGAAGAGUUUGGAGAUGUACUGCUUCAACCUGCUGCAAUGUGAAUCGACUGUAUCACGUUCCACAGAGGUCAUUCAGUUCUUCCUGCCAAAUGAGCAAGAGCUUCAGCCGGAGUUUACCAAAAACAGUUUGAUGAUUCUGCAAUCAGACGUCAUCCCUACUACCCAGGGAGAAACUUACGUGGCUACACCACGCCUGAGCGUUGGCAAUGUGACUCAGCCUUUUGUAUCCAAGACAUAUCGAUGUGUGGCUCCAUAUGAGACCAAGGACACAAAGAACAAACCUUUUAAGGUUGCUGUGGACGAAAAACUGGAUGUCCUUCUCAAAGACCAAGCAGGUUGGUGGCUUGUUGAAAAUGAGAAUAAAAAACUAGCAUGGUUUCCUGCCCCAUAUCUGGAAUUAUGUGAAGAAGAAGAGGAUGAAGAUGAGUUUGAUUCAACAAAUGUUGAAACGACUCUGUACUGCGCCAUCCGAAGUUACACCUCAGGCAAAGAAGAUGAGCUGUCUCUGAGUAUUGGUGCUGUUGUGGAGGUGUUACAGAUGUCUGAUAAUGGCUGGUGGCUCAUCAGAUAUAACAGAAAGGCCGGCUAUGUGCCCUCCAUGUACCUAAAGCCAUACAUCAGCCCCACCUUUGGCAUUCAAAAUCUUCAAAAGAAACUUUACAGCUCCGCUAUCAACCUGUCCAAAAACAGCUUUAUCCACAAAUCCUGCUCUCUGGAAGUGCUAUCAAAAAGCUCUUCAGAACAAGGGGGGCACGAGGAGUCCGGUAGUCUGAGAAGCAGCUUCAGUGACGAUGUGACCGAUUCUAGCUCUUCAGAUACCGACUCUGUGAGCCCGAGCGUGUCCGGCUCAGAUGGAGACGAGGGCUUGAGACAGCCAGAAGACAGUGAGAGCAGCAUUUCUAGUAGCCAGUCUAGCCCCAUCAGCUCAGAACCCAACCUCCCUUUAAAAGCAGCUACGACCCCCAAGGUGCCACCAAGACCACAGACUCAAGAGAUCCUGAGUCGCUGCACGACCUACACCCGAAAAGCCGCUCUGGCGACCUCUUCUCGUCUGUUUGAUGGAAGGGGCGGUUUGGUAGAUGGAGGAAGAGCAUAGAAGAUAGUAAUGGAGGCAGGAAACAAAAGUAUAAUUGCAUAACAGUGCAGGUUUCUCUAUAACCUCUUUGUAACCUCGGCAUUGAGCUACAUUAUGAAAAACUGUACUAAUGUACUUGAGAAAACAUCAUGUUAACUUGAGUUCAUUGUAAUCUCUUAGUAAUCCUUUGUUGGAUAUAUCAUUUAUAUAUUAAAUAACUUGAAGGCAGUUACAGAUAACAGUUAGGCAUAUUCAAAGUAUUUAAUUAACUACUGUACUGUGUUUUCACAGAUUAUUUUUUACACUUUUUUUAUGUGUGUUUUGUUAAUGAUACCAUAUACUCAGAAAUGUAACCUUUUUGGAUAUAAGCAUGUAUACGUUUUAAUAAAUGUUUUUUACUGGAACA